GAUUUCUAGUUCAGUUGUGAUUCGCCGCGGUUUAACACUGCUGACAGGUGCUUAAAACUACCUAGUCUCUUUAAAAUCACAUAGGAAAUUAAAUUGUGUUCGAAUUAAUAUUGAAAACUGUAUGGUUAAAGCAUUCAUUAUGCAUUUCUGUCGUGUUUUACUUGCCGCGCUAACCCUUUUUGGGUUUCGUUCGAAUCUGGUGCGCACCAAAGAAUGGUGGGAAAAUGCCAAUUAUUAUCAAAUAUAUCCGCGUUCAUUUAAAGAUAGUAAUGGCGAUGGUAUCGGUGAUUUGAAUGGCAUUACACAGAAGCUACAAUACCUUAAAGAUAUCGGUUUCACUGCCGCUUGGCUUUCGCCGAUUUUCAAAUCACCCAUGGUUGACUUUGGUUAUGAUAUCUCCGAUUUCUACGCCAUACAUCCCGAAUAUGGUACCAUGGAGGAUUUCAAAGCGCUUGUGGCACGCGCCAAACAAGUUGGCAUACGUAUAAUACUCGACUUUGUGCCAAAUCACACGAGUGAUGAGUGCGAAUGGUUUGCGAAGUCGGUGAAUCGUGAACCGGGCUACGAAGACUUUUACGUCUGGUCUAACGGCACGGUGGACGCAAAUGGUAAACGCCAGCCGCCGAGCAAUUGGGUUAGCGCAUUCCGUUACAGCGCCUGGGAGUGGAACGAGAAACGUCAACAAUACUAUCUGCAUCAGUUCUCCAUCAAACAGGCGGAUUUGAAUUUCCGCAAUCCAUUGGUUGUGGCGAAAAUGAAAGAGGUGAUGCGCUACUGGUUGGAUAUAGGCAUUUCGGGAUUCCGCAUUGACGCUCUGCCCUUCAUGUUCGAGAAAGGACCCGAUGCGAAUGGCAACUUCCCUGAUGAACCGGUUAUUGAUAAUGUAAGCGAAUGCCCCGAUCCCGACGACUGGUGUCACUUGAAUCACACCUACACACAAGAUCAACCGGAAUCCAUUGAAAUGGUGUACCAGUGGCGCGAACUCGUCGAGCAAUACAGGAAGGAGAAAGGUGGUGAAUCGAUUGUACUCCUAACAGAGGCCUAUACGACUCUGGAUAAUUUGAUGUUGUACUACGGAGAUGGGCAGCGAAAUGGUUCGAUGGUGUCGUUCAAUUUCUUCUUCAUGCGAGCUGUGAAGAAUGAUUCCACGGCCCCUGAAAUUGUGGAUUACAUUGAAGAGUGGAUGCAACGCAUGCCGAUGGAUGUGCAGGCCAAUUGGGUUUUGGGUAAUCAUGAUAAUCCGCGAUACUCAACACGUUUAGGUGUUCAACGUGCGGAUUUGUUCACGAUUAUGUUGCAGACAUUGCCGGGAAAUGCCGUCACUUACAAUGGCGAAGAGUUGGCCAUGACUGACGGUGAGGUCACAUGGGAGGAAACUGUCGAUCCACAAGGUUGCAAUGCGAACCCCAGCAACUAUGAGAGUUAUUCGCGCGAUCCCUGUCGCACACCCUAUCAGUGGGAUGCAUCGAAGAAUGCAGGCUUUUCCUCCGCGGCGCGGACUUGGUUGCCAGUCGCCAGUAAUUAUCGCACAAAUAAUGCCUUGGCACAAUUGCGUGCACCAAAAAGUCAUUUACAGUUAUUUAUGAAAUUAAUUCGCCUACGCCAGUUGAGCUCGCUACAAGAUGGCGCACUCAAGAUAAAAGCAAUCGGCACGGACAUCAUCAUCUACUCACGCGAAGCACCGGGUGACGAUUUGUUUGUGAUUGUGCUCAAUCUGGGUGGCAAAGAGCAAAGUUUGAAUAUCAAUGAGCACUUCGAUAUGGGUCGCCAGGCGGAGGUGAUUACUUCAUCACUGCAGUCGCGCUAUUACGAUGGUAUCGUUGUUGACCCAAGCAAAUUUGUGGCUGAGCCUUAUGUCGGCGUGGUUCUCGUGAAAUUUUGAGAUCUUUUGGUGGUGAUAACCAAAGCGGUAUUUUUCGCAGUUUUAAAUACAUUUUUGUGAUAUCAAUAAAACUGAAUGAAAGCUCAAUUAA